UUACAAUAAGUAAUUAAAUCUAAAAUUAUACAAAGGUCUCUAAAAUGUAUCUAUUUUUUCCUUCGUAGCUCAGGAAACCACUUGUGGAGAAAAUGACGAGGGACCGUAUCAAUGACAGCAUUGAGACACUGAGGCACAUACUGGGAAAGAUGUUUCCAGACCAGAAUUCCAGCUCCAAUGUAGAAAAAGCUGAUAUCCUUGCAAUGACUGUGAGCUUUCUGAAACAGAAGGAGCAGGUGCAGAACAAAGCCAGAACAUCCUCACAGAACAGCUCCCUGCUGGAUUACAAGGAAGGAUAUUCCAGGUGUUUACAGGAAACACUCUGCUUCUUCUCACUCCAUGAAAGUAGAAAAGAACUUCAAAUGAAAGUGUGGGAUCAUCUGCAACAAGUAACUGUCUCUGGGGACAUUAGACCCCCUGAAUCACCAGUGACACCAUCUCCAUGUCAACUUUUCCCCCAGCAGACCACCAUGAACACAGUUCCACUUAUUUGGAGGCCCUGGCUAAUAUAAAAAGACUCUAUAUUUGUGAGUUCUGAAAUCAGGGGAAGAUAUGCCUUUGUAAAUGUUCUGUCAGCCUCUCCCAGUAGGAAAUCCUGAUUUCCAUGACAGUUUCACUUACAAAGUGAAUUUACAUAAUUUCCUUCACAUUGAAGGCUGAACCUAAUUCAUCAAGUGGUGUUACGUGCUACUUUGGGACAUUUAAUGUUUUAUUAUAGUAAUAUGUACAGUGUAUGUACAGUAAAUGUAUCUUCUAUAGUGAAGAUGUUUGUUACCAAUGUAGUUACUUCUAUAACUGAUAACCAAAUGUAGGAGUUAAACUCCCAAGAUAAGUGCUGAACAUAUUGUUUAAAUGUAAACUCCAAGAUAUUUACUGAAACAUAUUGUUUAAAUGUAAACUCCAAGAUAUUUACUGAAACAUAUUGUUUAAAUGUAAACUCCAAGAUAUUUACUGAAACAUAUUGUUUAAAUGUGUAUCUGUGGAUUACAAGCAGAAUAAGUUCCUUUAGACUGGAGAUCUGUGGAACUGCGGUGGUGGUGCUGCAGUAGCUUUGUUGCCUCACAGUAAGACGUU